UAACAAUUUGGCUUCCAUCAAUCCACCAACACCAGUUUCCAACAACGAACCGGGCGUGUUGGGAGAUCAAACCGGCCAUUCGACAUAUAUGGGAGAAGUACAUUCGACCUUUAACUGCAACGCACAACAAAACCUUUUUGUUACGCCGAUCACGUUUUCUGCCAAUCACUUCCGAGCUACAAGACCUUACAACUCCAACACCUUUGCUUCAGCUUCAACGCCAAGCUGCUGUCGAUUUCCUACUCAUGUCUUCGGAACCGAUGAUGGAAACAGAGGACUUGUCUACCCAGAAACGAAAGGCCACUUCCUCACCAUCGCCAGAGGAUGGCGUGGCUGCUAAGCGCACCAAACUGGAGGACGGGAACGUCCAGGGCAGGAUCAGUGAGAUUGUUGAAGGGGAAGCGACGCCAAAAACCGGCAGGACAGAGGAACCUGUAAAGGACUCGAUGCGGGAGCCGGUCGCCACAGCGAGGGAGAUCCACGCCACGUCAACUACCAAGGACAAUGAUCAUCCAAUGGAGAACGAAGCUGUGGCACGCGCCCAAGAAACCACAGUUCAAAGCCCAGUCACUACUAGUAGGAGAGAGUCCGACGAGCAAAGGGAGCAGGCCGCACCGCCGUCUCGAAAGGCACCACUUAGCCCCGAACAAACGCGGAAGAAUGUUAGCCUGGAGGAGAAGAAACGCGGCAGGCGCUUGUUUGGUGGUCUCCUCAACACUCUAAGUCAGACUACACCCAACAACUCGCAGCAAAAGAGGAGAAAGGAGAUUGAACGCCGCCAGCAGGAACGAGUGCAGCAGCAGAGAGUCGAGGAUGAUAGGCGCAGAACCGACCUGCUCGCUGAACGCAGACGCUUCCGGGAUGCCAAGCAGGUGGACUUCGAAGAGCGGAUGAUGCACCGGCGGCAUGAAAAGAUGCUUAUCUUGGCUCAUAGUCUGCGAACUGUCAGCGAGCCGGUAGUUUACUACAAACCCUGGGAGCUCACCAAAGAACAAGAGCGUAUCCUCGAUGAACAAGUCCGCGAAGCCGAGGAGACCAUCACCAGGGAGGUGCGCCAGUUCGAAAUCAAACAUGGACGGCCGCCAAAGAAUGAAGUCAAGGUCCAGCCAAAGUCUGAGAUCCCGCCACCGCCACCAUCACCACCAUCAACCCAUGUUGACGUUGUCCGGAAUGAACAAGAUCAAGUUGGUGAGCAGCCUAACAAGACUUCAGAAGAUGCUAACCAUGGUGCUGUUCCGUCAUUGUCAUCACAAAAUCCAGCAGCAGCAGCAGCAGCAACUCUGAGCACAGGUACAGGCGAUGACAAGGGCGUCACUGCCACGAACAUUGAUACUACCACUCAUGACCAGGACCAUGAUGGCGAUGAGAUGAUACAAGACGGGGAGGAUAUGGUCAUAUACUAGAGGUAACUUUACCUAUCCCCGCUUUUGAAAUAUAUCCCAGUGUGGGUUCUACCUGUCGGUUAUUGUCGCCUUGGGUUUUGGUCUAAAACAACGGCUGUUUUGUUGAAAGCUAGCUGGCUAGCCGAUGUUCCUUGACUGUCUAACGUCGGGGCCAUAUAUGUGAAAGUAAAGGAGCAUACCCCAACCAAGGAGGGCUGUGAAGCGGAAGGAACGCCAAUGUUACAAAAGGAAUACGCAUUUGUUGUUAUUUACUUGCAGCCGCGGUUUUGGUAGAUGCCCUACUAAGCAAAAUACUUUGAUAGCGUUUUCUAGAGCUUUUCCACAACCAGCAGCCUAGUUCCACAACGUGAGAACAUCAAGGCACCUCCGCUCACUCAAAGCUUCGCAUCCCCCUCAGUCAACACACCA